AUGGUGGAUGCCUUCCUGUGCACCUGGAAGCUCUCAGACAGUGAGAAUUUUGAUGACUACAUGAAGUCUAUCGGGGUGGGUUUUGCUACCAGGCAGGUGGCUAGCAUGACAAAGCCUACCACAAUCAUCAAAAAGAAUGGGAACAUUAUCACCUUAAAAACACAGAGCACAUUCGAGAACACAGAGAUUAGCUUUAAGCUGGGGGUGGAGUUUGACAAGACAACAGCAGAUGACAAUAAGGUCAAGUCCAUUGUGACACUGGAUGGAGACAAACUUGUUCACCUGCAGAAGUGGGAUGGGCAAGAGAGGACACUUGUGUGGGAGCUAAGUGAUGGGAAAUUCAUCCUGACUCUCACCCAGGGCACUGAGGUUCACACUUGCACUUAGGAUAAAGAAGUAUCACCUGCCUGCGCUAUUGCUGACCACUCCUCUGCUACCAUCUGACUCAGCACCACAUUGCCUCAUUUAUUUCCUCUGCAUUUUGUAUAAAUCCACCUUGUU